AUGUAACAGCAAGAGUGAGAAGGCAGCAGGCGCAAAAGUAGGGGGAGGCUUUUAGAGAAAGAGACAAAGAGAAAGACAUCAGAGUAUCAUCUGGUAUAGCUGCGUGCACACCAACUGGGAUGUUCUGCAAUUAUGAAAUAGAGAAGCUAGAAUAUGAGGAUUUUUGACUGUUUUUCUCCAGGUGAGAGGAAACAAUUGUUUUUACCUGAUUUGGCUCAUGAGACUUCCAUCGUUCACAUGACAUCAGGUCGCUCCUUGAAGAAAUCAACUUAAAACUACCAGGAGGUCUGUUUGCCGUCAGACUGGCCCCUCAUUCCGCACGCAGACAACAACCAUUUAUUGUUGCAGAGUUUAUGUAUUGAAACUUUUAACUGUUCUCAUAGAUAUUUAAAUGAGCACUCAAGGUUCAUCCAUGCAUCUGACAUCAGUCCGUUUGGUCACUUUUGACCUCUUGGUACUGUUGCUUGGGCUUUUCGUCUGGGGGCCUGUGGGGUCCAGGGGGCAGAACGACACAGAACCAAUCAUCCUUGAGGGCAAAUGUUUGGUCAUAUGUGAUUCCACUCCUUCAUCAGAGCCAGCUGGAAAUGCCCUGGGUAUGUCCGUCCGCUCUGGCACCGGACGGGUGGCCUUCUCCGUCACCCGGCAAACCAACCAUGAGCCCACAGAUAUGAGUAACCGAACCAUGAUCAUCUACUUUGACAACAUCUUGGUGAAUGUGGGCGGCCAUUUUGACCAGGAGAGCAGUAUAUUUUUGGCACCAAGGAGAGGGGUGUACAGCUUCACCUUCCAUGUGGUGAAGGCCUACAAUCGACAAACUAUUCAGGUCAGCCUCAUGGUGAACGGCUGGCCAAUGAUUUCAGCUUUUGCUGGGGACCAGGAUGUAACACGAGAAGCUGCCACCAAUGCCGGCCUGGUGAUUAUGGAGAAAGGAGACAAAGCGUAUCUCAGACUGGAGCGAGGAAACCUGAUGGGGGGAUGGAAGUACUCCACCUUCUCUGGGUUCCUGGUCUUCCCCUUGUGAGGACAAAUCUACAGAGGGCAGGAUGAAACUGUGUUCAUAGAGAACUGGAUUCAGUUAAAGCGUGAAGUGAAAGGGUGAGCAAGAGAGAGAUAAAUGAGUACAUAGAAAAAAGAGAACUGUUGUACUUACUAAAGCACUUCAAUUGGUAAUACUCAAAUGAAUCAGGUUGAUCCAAAUUAACAAGUAAUAUUUAUCCUAACAUGUUAUUUUAAUGUAGACUAAUUUAAUGACUGGUAAAUUGUUUCUAUUAGUAGCACUGAAGUGAGGAAAUUGUUAAUCAGGUUGGUACAAAUGAACUUACAAGUAAUAUUUACACCAACUUGUGAACUUAAUUUGGACAAACUUAAUUAAAUAACACUUAAAUUAAUUAAAUUUUGCCAUUUUUUUUAUGUAUAGGAGAACAUAUAAUCUUGAAAGGACAUGCAUUAAGCAAAAACACAUUGAAUAUUGGGAAAUUUAGAAAUGUCAUACCAGAGGGCUAAACACAUAUCAAAUUGUUGGGGGAAAUUAUAAUUAUUACAUAU